GCCGCCCGGGCCGAGCGGGAGGAACGCGGGGGCAGAGCCGCCCGGGCCGAGCGGGAGGAACGCGGGGGCACAGCCGCCCGGGCCGAGCGGGAGGAACGCGGGGGCACAGCCGCCCGGGCCGAGCGGGAGGAACGCGGCGGGAGAGCCGCCCGGGCCGAGCGGGAGCGGGACCAGAGCAGGGGCGGGGAUGGGCUUGAAGCUGCGCGGGGCCGCGCGCGUGCGUGAGAUGACGUCAAGGGCAAGCCCCGCCUCGGCGAGGGGAGGAGCCAGCGAGCGGGCGCAGCGAGGGGCGGGACUUAAGGAGGAGGCGCGGGAGGAUUCAGCGGUGGUGGAGGGUGAGGGGCCGGCGCGGCCUUAAGGCGGUGACACGUGCGCAGGCUGGCGGAGGCCCGGAUGGUGAGUGCUGCCGGGAUGUACCGGGAUGUACUGGGAGCGGGGAACGGGACGGACCAGGACUGGGAUCGGGAUCGGGACCGGGACCGGGACCGGGACCUGCGCUCAGCCGGGGCCGCCGGGCCCCGCCAUGGCGGUCACAGCGAAGCUGAAGGAUCUGCUGAAUGUGCGGCGGGACGAGGCCGGGGAGCUGGGCCGGCUGCUGACCGCCUCGGCCAAGAAGGUGCUGCUGCAGAAGAUCGAGUUCGAGCCCGCCAGCCACGGCUUCUCCGGCCAGCUGGAGCUGCUGCGGGGCAAGUACCUGCUGCUCAGCCCCCGCACCGAGCCCGCCGAGCAGCCCCGCGGCGCUGAGGAGCGACAGCCGGCCAAGCAGGGCAGCGACCGGACCCCGGGGCGCCACGGGGACGGCGUCCCUGCGCCCCAGAAGGUGCUGUUCCCUGCAGAGCGCCUCGCCAUGAACUGGCAGCAUAUCUACCGGGUCGGUGCCGGGCUGCUCAACCUGGGAAACACCUGUUUCCUCAACGCCACCCUGCAGUGCCUCACAUACACGCCACCGCUCGCCAACUACCUGCUGUCCAAGGAGCACAGCCGCACCUGUCACCAAAGCGGCUUCUGCAUGAUGUGCGUCAUGCAGAACCACGUCACGCAGGCGUUCGCGAACAGUGGCAAUGCGAUAAAGCCCGUGUCCUUCGUCCGAAACCUCAAGAGGAUUGCCCCGCACAUCCGCUUCGGCAGGCAGGAGGACGCACACGAGUUCCUCCGUUUCACCAUCGAUGCCAUGCAGAAGGCCUGCCUGCGCGACCAUGCCAGGUCGGAUCGCCAGACCCAAGCCACUACCCUGAUCCACCAGAUCUUCGGCGGUUACCUGCAGUCCCGCGUGAAGUGCUCGGUGUGCAGGGGCGUCUCGGACACCUUUGACCCCUGCCUGGACGUGGCUCUGGAGAUCACGCAAGCCGCAAACAUAGUGCGGGCGCUGGAGCUGUUCGUGCGGCCAGACCUGCUGGGCGGAGCGAACGCCUACAUGUGUGCCAGAUGCAAGAAGAAAGUGUCAGCAACCAAACGCUUCACCAUCCACCGGGCGCCCAACGUUCUCACGCUUGCUCUGAAGCGUUUUGCCGGCUUCACAGGAGGCAAGAUCACAAAGGACGUGGGCUACCCUGAGCUCCUGAACAUCCGCCCGUACAUGUCCCAGACCAGCGGGGAUCCGGUCAUGUACGGGCUCUACGCGGUGCUGGUGCACUCGGGGUUCAGCAGCCACGCAGGACACUACUACUGCUACGUGAAGGCCAGCAACGGGCAGUGGUACCAAAUGAAUGACAACGUGGUCCGCCCCAGUAACGUCAAGGUGGUCCUUAACCAGCAGGCGUAUGUGCUGUUCUACGUCAGGAUCCCCAGCCCGCGGAAGAGCUCAGAGGGGCCCGUUGCCAGAGCUGACUCUGGCUGCGUCAGCAGCAUCCCUGGCCAUGUCAAGAAGACUGUCACCAACAGGCCCCUGGCUUCACUGGUGACGGGCCAGACACCAGACACACUACCAAGGAAGAAGCUGCCAGGGCCAGAAGUGGUCGGAGUCCCUGUGGCCCGCAGCACGUUUGGGACAGGGCCGAAGCUGCCGAAUGGAACUGCUCUGCCCAAGCUGCCCUCUGGGUCACUAUCACCCCCGCUGGCCCCGAAUGCCACCCACGCGGCCGCAGCAUUUCCCAGUGAUGCAGCCCAGAGGCCCAAGAAGCUGCUCUCCUCACAGCCGUCACCCGCGCCCAGAGCGGUUCCGGGAUUUUGCAGCCCCAGUAACACCAAUGGAGCCAAAGCGCAGGGUCCCCAGAAGCGCUGCUGGGAGCCCAGGCCCCUGCCCGCCUCCCCCAGGCUGCCGGAGCCCAUCCCCGGCCAGGAGCCGUGGGGCAGCAGGGAGAACACCGGGACACCGGGAAGGGGCCCUGGCGGCAGCGCUGCUGCCAGCGCGGUGCUCGGCACAGCGGGGAAGCUGCCCAAGGUGUCUCGGAAGAGCAAAGGUGGAACCAGCAGCUCCUCUGCCUCUGAGGACACAGACCGUGGCACCGACUCCUGUGCUGGCUCCGGCACCGAGCCAGCUGUCCCUGAAGGAAUCAAGCUGGCAAAGCUGAAAUCCUUCCCGUCGGCUGCACCGCAGCCCAGCAGCACCACGUCACCACCACCGACCAAGAAGCUGGCGCUGUCCCACAAAAAGGGCAGCACCCCGGGGAAGGAGAGCAGAAGUGACCGCUGUGCACAGCCUCACCCAGAGCUUGCUGGCCAGCCCUGCCCCACGAACACCGCCCGCCCCAGCUCCGCUCUGGCGCAUUUUGGCCAGUCGAGGUUGUCCCCAGCUGCUCUCCAUCUGCCCAGACCUGAGGAGCCAGCCUUCAGCUUCGUGCUCGACUCAGCCCCUCAGCUCGCAGCCUGCCCCCUCACCAACGGCUCCCCUGCCCCCACUUCGCACCAUCUUCCUCCCCGCAGCGGGGAGAAGGGGCCGGGGCAGGCCAGCCCUGGCUCCCGCAAAAAGGAGCGUCAAAAACAGCGGCGUGGGGCAGAGAGCAGCCCUCGUGUUCCGGCUGGGAAGGGCAAGGACGGAGCCUCCAGCCCCCCCAGGAAGAAGAAACACUUGGCUCAGGGGGGCUCGGUGUCCCCUGGGGGGAAGGCGGUGGCAGACAAGGGUCCCAGCGGUGACCAGGAGGCACCGGGCUGUGGGGACACGGAGAGCAGGCCCAGGCCACAGGGGUCAGACCCCGGUGUUUGCCUGGAUGCGGGCCCCAUCUCCCACCAUAAGAAAAAGAAGAGGAGGAGGAGGAGGAUGAAGGAGGUGGAAGAGCGCUGCUCCGGAAUGCUGUCCUCGGGCAGCUCGAGGAGGGCUGAGCCGGAGCCUGGGAGCCCAGAGGAGCGGUGGAGCCUGGAGGCUGGGGCUGGAGAGCGGCAGCACCGCAAGCGCAAGCGCCGGCAGAGCCUUGGCAGCCCAGCCUCGAAGCAGCCGGCUACCAACACACACGUCGACGCCCCAGCAGCAGCUGGAGCCGGGUUUGGGCACCGUCCAGCUGCCCCGAGCCCUGAGCCUGGCCACGGGGCCAGCACAGCUCCCGGGAAGCACGGGGAGCUCAGCGUGGUUGAGGAGCUGCUCCGGAACUCCCUGGACAAGGCUUACGGCAAACAAGUGCUGACCUGGGACGGGGAGAGCUCGGCCGUCAGCCAGGACGCCGUGCGGGACGCAGCGUGGGCCCGUAGUGAGACCGUCCUUGACGAGUGGGACCAGGAAUUUGACAGAGGGAAGGUGGGUGCUGGCCAUGGCCUGGGCUGGGGGCACGCAGGACUCUCUGCUCUGACCCAGGAGCCUUCCUGCCUCUCACAGGUGAAGAAGAUCAAAAAAAGGAAGCGGGAGCGGGGCAGACACUUCAACCCCUUCCAGCAGCUGCAGAACCAACGCAACUUCUGGUCAGCCAGCCUGAGCCACCGGCUCUGA